AUGCUGCGACGGGGCGGGAGGGAGCUCGCGCGCGCCAUCGCCGGCGUCGUGGACGCGCGUUCCGGCGCCGUAUCGCGCGCCGGAGACGCGCUCCAGCGGCUCCACGCCGCUCGGGGUUCGCGAUCUUCAUCGCCCCGCGACGUCCACGGCUCCACGGCGCUCCUCUCGUCCUCGUCCGAUGCGUCGGGCGGGUCGUCCCCGCGGAUGGACGUGUGGCGCGCGUGGAUGGGGUACGGCGAAGGCGAGCGCGGGCGUCGCGACGACGGCACCCACCCGGCGGGCGCGCUCGCGCGCGGGCACCGACGGCUCCGACGCACCCACGCCCCGCGCGCCACCUGGGACCCCGAGCGCGUCUUCAACGACCUCAUCAUCAAGCACUCGAGACGAACCGAGUCCCUCCUCGCGCUCAUCGGCGGCACGCACGAGGACGCGUGGGAGAUCGUCACCUUCGAGAACGACGACGCGAAGGCGGAUGACCACGACGCGAUGCCCGUGAAGCGCGAGUGGCGUCCCGUCAACGUAGCCACCGCGGCGAACCGGCUCGUCAACGUGAGCCUAAAAGCGUCGCGCGCGUCCAAGGAACCGUCUGACCGGCUCGGCGCGGCGCUCACAGUUCUCCGAGACGAACGGUACGCCACGCUGGUCGGGAUGAUCGCGUCGACCGUCGACGAGUUCGGGCCGGUGGAGACGGCGACGACGCUCAAGGCGCUGGCGUGCAUGCAGAUGUACGCCGACAACGCGAGGGUGACGUCUCCGCAUCAGACGCUCUCGAGAUCGUCGAGGCAACCGUCCGCGAAGAAAAAGGAGAACGAGGAUGGGGAGGAGACGAACGACGCGCGGGUCGACCUUCACCUCGCGGAGGGUCUCGCGCGCGCGGUCACACGCAACGCGCACCGCAUGCACGCGAGACUGCUCGCGCUGACCCUCCCCGCGCUCCGCUUCCUCCCCGGCGUGUCCAAAUUGAUCGACGCCGAGACCCAUUCGACGCUGGCGCGGGCGGCGAAGGUGGCGGCGCGCUCGGGCGCGCUCGGCGCGGUCGAGGCGGCGAACGUCGCCUACGCGAUGACCCGGAUCCCGCCCCUCCUUCGCGUGGUGAACGAACCGACAAACCGCACGAAGGGGGGGGAAGAAGCAGAAGGAGGAGGAGAAGAAGAAGCCAGCUGUGCCGCGGCGCUCGCGGCGAGAAUCGCGGAGACGGCGGGGGACAUGGACCGACGGUGCGUGGCGCUCUCGUUGGAUUCGAUCACGCGGCUGCGGCUGGGUGGUGACGACGGGGGGAACGGCGAGCCGAGUCACCUACUAAGGACGCUGCGCGAGGCGCUCGGGGCGGCGGUGGCGAGGGUGGAGCUCGAGGUGACGCCGCAACGGAGGCUGGGGUCGGGGACGGAAUGGGAGCGGAUGCGCGCCGGGUUACGCAGGCUGGGUCUCGAGCCACCUGGGCGGUGGGAAACGUGGCCGGCCGGCGGCGGGCGGCGGGGUGGACGGAGAGGGGUGGACGGAGAGGAAGCGGGCGAAGGAGGGCGGUCGAAGGAGGGCGCCGAAAACGAGUGA